AUGUCGCCUCCAUCGGCCAGCGACGAGUUCUCGCACGAAGUUGCUGCCGGUUUCCUUUUUUCUGAGGAGAUGAAGACUGUGCGACAGCUACAGGCCAAGUGCGACGAAGGACGGCAACUUAUUAGCAUCAUCUACUGCUCCAGAAGCUGCGCCAGGGCCUUCCCCUCGGGUGUCGCUGCUAACGAUGCGGAGCCCAAGAAGAUGAAACAGUAUUACCAUGCCCUUUUCAGUGUACUGCAACCACAGGUGGAAAAGAUCAAGCAAUUGAACGAGUACUGCUCGCAGGCGGUAGUGCUGCUGAGUGACAACAUCCAGCGGACGACGGUGCACGAGAACAUGACGAGAGUGAUUCCGGAUGUGAUGAUGGACGCACUUGUGGAUAUCAUGGACGUCAUUCUGCAGCUGAGUCACUUGCAUGACACAAAGAGCAGCUUGAGGAAUGAUUUCUCCGUCUUCAAAAGAACCUUUCUGCACAUUAAGGACGAUCUUCCAGACUCUGAGCUUGUAGAGAAGGAUAUCGUGCGACUCCAAGAGUUCAUGGGGAGCUCCUAUCAAGCGAAAGGUUCUGUCUGGGAUUCACUGAGACACAAUCUUACCAAUGUCAAACGGUAUGACCAAGUUACGUAUUUACUGUUGAGACACUGUGUCAGUCAUAUCGAGAACGAUGUGUGCAUGACACCGAGCUCCAAGUUCAAGUACGUCCGAGUAUUGUCCUAUCUCAUGGCAGUUUUGGAGGGAUCGGAUGCCUGGAAGAAAACGAAUGCGCUGCCUGGGACCGACAAAAAGGUUAUCGAGGCGGCCGUCAAACUUAUUUCUCGCUAUCCAGUUAUCCCGAUGCUCCUCGAAAUCAGCAUUAAACCUGUGAAGGCCCCACACGCACAAAGUGGUUACAAGCUGGAGUCGGUCAAUGACAGGGGGUCAGGAAUAUACACCCGAGCAAUGCGCGAAGUAUUAGCGAGCGAUUUCAAGAAGAAGCGCAAAGAGCGCAAGUUUUCUCAUCUCCCUGAUAGAACAGCAAGUGCCCCUCUUUGCCAGAUUCAGAUGCUCCGAACCGCAAUUGAUUCGAUCGUUGCGAAGCGCUCUAUGGGCGACUUGAAUGCCAAAUCCUCGACUUCAUCUGCGCUUUUUACUUUCAGAAAGGAUCUCGACAGCUCAGAUGCGGACAUCCUCCGAGAAUUCUACCGCACAGCUGGAGCUUUCCACGUUUUGCUGGAUCUAAGUGCGACGCUCAACGAGCUUGGAGACUUCUCGAAUCUCUGGUUCCGCGAGUUGUAUGUGGAGUUGGUCAAGUCUGCCCAGAUUCCGGCUGAAAUUUCGCUGCCUUGGCUACUGAUUGAGCACUGCCUUGACGAGAAUACCUCGUUUGUGGAACCGGUUCUCGCCGUCUUAGACACGUACAAUGACGCUGGGAAUUGCUCGCUCUACGGACUUCAGCAGCAGCAUCUGUACGAUGAAACUGAGGCGGAAGGCAAGCUGUGUUUCGAUCAUUUUGUGUUUCUUCUCGCGGAACGAGUGUAUCUUCAUUACAAGACUGUGGCAGCAAGAACUACGUGUCGACAAUGGAUCGAUCAUGCCCGUCUACAGAGUAACGAUGUGGCUCCCAAGAGCUCUUCUGCAACCCGACAUAAUCCAGCCGUGAUGACGCUUUCGAAGCUACUGGAUACGGAUGACGUCGAUUCCAAGUACGAAUCGAUUCUUACGCAGAGAUACGUAAGCGUGUUUGGACGUUACUAUGAUCUUACAUUUCAACUCGGCCAGCGUGUAGACGCUUUGGUGAGUAAAGAUCUGGAGAACUGGUUCACGAAGUUUGAAGCUAGUGAUGCGACGUGUUACGUCACACUGCUGAGUAUGCUCAAGGUCUUGAAAAAGACCCACGAGUCUCUAGCAGUUUUGGGACUGGAUGACUUCGAUGAUAUACUCGGAGAAACAAACGACGAAACGCUUGGAUGCUUCUUGGGGCAUCCGGCUUCUGCGAUCAGGUCCCGUGUACACGAGCAGAUUUCACAAACCAUUCUCACGGAUCUUUGCCAGCACUUCGGCCUCAAGUUUGAUGAUCGACGAUUCAUACGAAGGCAGCUCCACGAUGCGUUAACGAUGACAGUGGGGGAUCAGUUUGCCCAUGAGGAGUGCCUGAGGAAAGCCAAAAAGCAUCAUUUAUCAGGCAAGAGUGUGCUGCGAACCAAGAUUGGACAGCCGAGCACAGGAAAAGCCAGUUAUGGUGCUUUUGAGAAAACCAUUACCGGGUCCUAUCGUGCGUUCUUUGGAGAGCCCCACAUCGAAGCUAUCUGUGAACUGCUUUCGCAUCGAGAACUGCUUGAUGUUGCAAACGACUGCACCGAUUUUGCCGUUGCCAAGAACUCGAAAGCGAUCCAAUUGAAGUCAACGGAACAGUCAGACCAUGGUGAGCGACACCCGCAGUUACUCCAGUGUGUACUUGAUCGGAUCGACUCCAUGCUGAAAGUGUCGGAAAUUUCAAGCGAGUGGGAAGCCGAGCCGGAUUCUCAACCGGAAAAGAUGCCGAACGCUUCAAGCUUCUACCAUGUGUGGUGUGCCUUCGAGUUUCUCAGCUGCAAUCGCCCUCGUACUCGUCCCGGAGACUCAACGACGGAUGAAGAUUCUGCAAUAUCCCUACGCACGAUGUUCGGAGAUGGUGUGCAAUUCGCUGGUUGCACGCUCGUGCAUCUGCUGGGUCAACGCUCACUCUACGACCUCUGGAACGUCAGCCAACACGUGAUAAACGUUCAUCUUUGUGACGAAGUCAAAGCAGCUAGUGACGCGCAGAUAGCGCUGGUUUCGAGCAAGAAAAGUCGACUUAAGAACGGGACACCCAGCGGCCAGACUACAGUCGGCACACUCGACAGAGAAAUGGAGGAAAAGGCUGCUCGCUUCGUUGCGAACGCUCGAGGAAUGCGUGCAACAUCUGAGCGGAUAUUCCACAUGCUCGAGAUGACGUGGCCACUUGGCAACAACACACCAGCUACCUUCGCACCGCCACCUUUUACUCCACCGGUGAAGACCCCGUCAUCAGUGUCUGCACACGCACAAUAUCCUCGAUGA